AUGUUGAGCUGGUUGAAGAACUUUCUGCUGGAAUUGCCCAGUCCCGCGGUGAUACAGACGCAUGUGGUGCCCUUUUUGUCGGAGCGGAACUGGAUCGUGUCGCAACCGAUCCUGUCGAACUUGCAUUCGAUCGUCUACGUGGCACUGUUCUACCAGACGUGCUUCUUGCUGGGCAAAUGGGUGGUUUUCCCACCAGCGGCGCGCUGGAUGCACCCAGACGACCGCGAUCGGAGACGCAAGCUCGUCAUCCAGAGCUCGGUGCACUUUGUGUCGUUUGUGCAGAGCAUUGUGGUGCUCUACGUGUGUUUUGAGUGUCUGGUCUCGCAGAACUACAAGAGCGAGUACCCGACCGCGGCGGACCGUAUCUUUACGAGCCACCGCGACACGGAGAUCGUGUGUGUGUUUGCGAUCGGGUACUUUCUGUGGGACAUCUACAUCUCGGUGUUCUACUCGACGCUGCCCUUUGUGCUGCAUGCGGUCGUCUCGACGCUGGUGUUCUGCAUCGGCCUGAAGCCCUACAUCCAGUACUACGCGCCGGUGUUCCUGCUGUUCGAGCUCUCGAACCCGUUCCUCAACGUCCGCUGGUUCGCGGUCAGAUACUUCCGCCGCGCCAGUCCGCUGCUGAGCUGCGUGAAGACCGCCAACAACCUCGUGCUUCUUGUGACGUUCUUCGGCGCCCGGAUCUGCUGGGGCUGGUUCCAAAUCGGCAAGCUGGUCUACGACUUCUACCAGGUGCGCCACGACGCACGCUUCCUCGAGCUCGAGACCGCCAUCAUCGUGCUCGGCAACCUCGUGCUGGACGUGCUCAAUCUCGUGUGGUUUUCCACCAUGAUCUCGAUCGCUUUCAAGACCAUCACCAAGAAAGGCACUCCGCCAGGCCAGUAA